CUCACCCAAUCCCACCCCACCCGACGACAGUCGACACUUGACAGACAAUCGACAUCAUCAUCAUCAUUCUCGCUGGCUUGCUAUGUUUUCAUGAUGAGUGGGUCAAUGUGUAAGUUGUUGGUUUAGAUAUGUUUCUUCCGUUUCAAGUCGAUAAAGUUUCAAUCGUUGGUAAUUUCAAGAUUAAGAGUCUUUAAACGUAUACAUUUAUAAUAUUGUUGCCUUAUUAUGUCAGGUCAACAUUUUAUCUCAAGGAACAAUUUUUAUAGACAGGAUUUACUGACUCAGGUAUCAUCUACUUGUUAGAAAUCGUAAAUUUUCAUGGACGUUGGAAAGAAUAGGCCCAGCAGGGCCAGAUCUCGUCUUUAUUCAUUAUCUGUAAGGUCAGGGCUAACUCUAACUAUGGAAGAAAGUAAGUGGAACAAAUCAGUGGAUGAAACUGGUCAGAGAAGAUACUCUGACUCAGAGGAGACCCCAAACAAACCUGUGAAGCCUACAGGUAAAGCAGAUGUUUCUAAUUUGAUUUUGAUGAGAAAUUCUACCUUGGGCCAGUCUGCACCCUCUCUCUCAAACUGCAUGAAGGAGUUAAAUCUUAGCAGGCGCAGCAGCCGAGUAAUGCAGAGGAAAAGCUUCAUUUCCAACACUUCCCCGACUUUUCCAAGAUGUCCGUCCCCCAUGUCAACCGGCAGUCCUUUAGAAAGUCCAAGAAUGUCACCGAGUCAACACUUCCCAUUUGCACCAAUUAAAAGAACAUACAACCAUCUCAACAGUGACUGCAGAGGGGACGGCAGGCGGUGGUCGGUAGCUUCUCUCCCCUCCUCUGGCUACGGCACUACUCCCGGCAGCUCCAACGUCUCUUCACAAUGUUCGAGUCAGGAGCGCUUACAUCAGUUACCGUCAGUCCCCACCACAGACGAGCUGAAGUUGUUGACUCGUCACUUCUCGUCCAAUGAGAGCAAUCCUACCAGUGGAGGGGAUUGUACAGGCAGUGAUGAAGGUCGCAAGUCUCCCUUUAGUCGUCCUAGGUCUAGGAGCCUCAGCAGUCCUAGCAGAUCCCCAAUAAUGGACAAUGAUAUUGUUAUGAUGAACAUGCUCUAUAAGGAACGAUUCCCGAAGGCUACACAUCAAAUGGAGGAGCGUCUCAACACUUUCAUAAAGGAGAACUCAGUUCUGGCAGAUCAGGAGUCCAGCCCCAUUGUGAGAUUUGUGCUUCACCAAGUUGUUGAGAUGGCGAGAGACUGUCUAAAAAAGUCUCAAGAAAAACUUAUAACAAGGGGUUACUUCUACGAAAUGUCAGAAAACCUUGAAAGAUUACUCUUGGAGACUAAGGAUAAAUCAACAGAAGCGGCCUCUCAGGUGCUCGGGAAGAUCAAGAAGCUGCUUCUAGUCAUCUCUCGGCCUGCCCGUCUCCUUGAGUGUCUGGAGUUUGAUCCCGAGGAGUUCUAUCAUCUCCUGGAGCAAGCCGAGGGCCAGGCCAAGUUCUGUCAGGGGAUCAAGGCAGACAUCCCACAGUACAUCAUCUCCAAGCUGGGUCUCAUCCGGGAUCCCAUGUCCGGAAAAUUCUCAGAUCUGCAGUUGGGUUGCAAUGAUAUGGACAACCUCACACGACCAACGCAUACUUCAACGCCAAAGAAGGAAAAUAAAUUUUCCAAGGUUCCAUUGGAAAGUGAUUUUGAUAUUGUAAAGUUAAUCUCCAAUGGAGCGUAUGGUGCCGUAUACUUGGUCCGACAUAAGGAAUCCCGACAGAGAUUUGCUAUGAAGAAAAUCAUCAAGAACAACUUAAUGUUACGCAACCAGAUUGAACAGGUGUUCGCAGAAAGGGACAUCAUGAGUUUUACAGACAACCCCUUUGUUGUCAGCAUGUACUGCAGUUUUGAAACAAAAAAACAUCUGUGUUUGGUGAUGGAGUAUGUGGAGGGGGGAGAUUGUGCCGCACUUUUGAAGACUAUCGGUCCUCUUCCUCCUGACAUGGCUCGCUUCUACUUUGCGGAAACUGUCUUGGCCGUAGAGUAUCUUCAUAGCUACGGCAUCGUUCAUCGUGAUCUCAAACCUGAUAAUUUGCUCAUCACCGCCUUGGGCCACAUUAAACUAACUGAUUUUGGGCUCAGCAAAAUGGGGCUGAUGUCAUUGGCCACAAACUUAUACGAGGUGUACGUCGACCGAGACACUCGCCAGUUCUCAGACAAGCAAGUUUUUGGAACGCCUGAAUAUAUCGCCCCAGAAGUUAUUCUCAGACAAGGGUAUGGCAAGCCAGUGGAUUGGUGGUCGAUGGGAGUCAUUUUGUACGAGUUCUUGAUAGGUUGUGUUCCGUUUUUCGGUGAAACCCCAGAAGAACUGUUUGCACACACAGUUAAUGAUGAUAUUGAAUGGCCGUCAGAAGAUGAUUGGCCAAUUCAACCUGAAGCCAAAGACAUAAUAACAGCCCUACUCCACCAGAACGCAAGAGAUAGGUUAGGAACUGGUGGCCCUCAUCAAGUCAAGGACCACCCUUACUUCAAUGGUGUCGACUGGAAUUCACUUUUGAGACAGAAAGCUGAGUUUGUGCCACAGUUAGAUAAUGAAGAAGACACCAGCUAUUUUGACACUCGUUUAGAUCGUUACAAUCAUGACAUCGGGGAGGAUACGGAUGACCCCGAGGAGAGCAUUUUGUUUGGUACCUUCUCUUCAUGCUCUCCCCAGUACAAGAAGGUUCAGUCUCGACUCAGCACACACAGCAACAGUGGGUCUAGUGAUGAUGCUCGCAAGUUCAUCUUCCGUUGUGACUCUGACAACUCAAACACGAGUGAACAACCCUCCACAGCGCCUUUCCCUGGAUUCGAUCGUCUCCCUCUAGAACAGUCGUCGGGUGAAGAGCAGACUACAGUGUUAGGUACUGAACAAGUUAGCACACCAGAGUCGUCGCAGACAGAGAGUGACGAUGUCUCGCCACAGGUGCAGCGCAAACGUCGUCUGCACUCCAGAGAGGGACUGCCUCGUUUCUCCAUCUCAACAGAAGAUGAUCAGGCCAGACGCACAACUUGUCAGUUAAUUUGGAAUGUGGACAAGUCAAGCAGCAGUGGUGCUACAAGUGAGGACUCGUCCAGUUCACUCACUCACUCCCCCCUUGCUAACUCCAUGUGUGUUGGUCGUGCGUUUUGCAACUCGGAGGUUUGUCCACCGACCCAAGGGAUCACAAAGGAUCUGUCUCCCAUGGUAGAGAAGACUAAGGGUCUGCCUGCUGCUCUACGGAUGGCUAUCUCCCCAAUCUUCCCGAUAUCCAAGCAUCGCUCCAGAGCUGUCAUAAAGAGUUUCUCUGCCUCCGGACUCUCUCUUAUUAUUCCACCAGCGGAAGACAUGCCCCCACCUAUCCAGUCUCCCGGAGGCUCAAGUACAGCCAGUUCCCGGGAUACUUCCCCUUGUCGAGAACUCUCCCCCUUGGUCAACAGUCUGAAGCCCCCCAUCAUCAUCCGGCGAGGACCUGCGGGCUUUGGCUUCACCGUCCAUACCAUCCGUGUGUAUUAUGGGGACACUGACUUUUACACCAUGCAUCACCUUGUCAUGGCAGUUGAAUGUGGAAGUCCUGCAUUUGAGGCUGGGUUGCGUCCUGGGGACUUGAUUACACACAUCAAUAGUGAGGCCGUCCAAGGACUGUACCAUACCCAGGUGCUACAACUGCUGCUGGCUGGGGGCGACCACGUCACCAUCCGCUCCACACCUCUAGAGAACACCAGCAUAAAGUCUGGUGGCCGGCGCAGGGAGCCGGGCCAGAGCAAGCUGGCUCGCCGCAGUCAGGCCAAGCAGCGGCGACAGAAGCGUGAUAUUGGGGAUAAGCGACGAAAAACUUCACUUUUUCGUCGCAUCAGCAGUAAACGGGCUAGUGUGGAGAUGCAGCAGAUGGCUGCAGGUGUGUCGUCCCCUCCAUUAGUAACUCCUAGCCGUAGUUUCCAGUCGUUUAGUAGAACACUCUCUCAAUCAACCCCUGAGACCCCACCUACUGUGGAGACCCCCCGCCAGUCAGAUUUGUCAUCUAGCUCUGCUAGCUCUCCCUCUAGUUGCAGUCCCGGUCCUCCCACUACCCCCUACCAACGUCCCUCGACUCUACACGGACUGAAACACAAACUACACACCGCGGCCAAGUCAGUUCAUUCUCCUGGCCGUCGUAAGUCUGUCGGACAUAUUCCUCUUUCUCCUCUAGCAAGGACACCAUCCCCCUCCCCACUACCCUCAUCCCCCACCCGAUCACCUUCUCCCUUAGCCUUCCCCCCUGGCCACCAACCCGGCAGCUCUAACACCACUCAGAGCUACAGUCCAGGAACCUCUGUUGCCACACCCUCAUCAGGUCCUAAAAAGGGUUUUGGACGAGCUAAGAGUGCUGAGCCGGGGUCGCCGUUGCUGAGACGAGCGUUGUCCCCUGAUAGACUUCACCCUCGCACAGCUGAGAAGCCUGGACCCGCCUCCAUCUCCCCGCUCUGUGACCCAGCCCUCAAGGUUACAAUUACAUCAGCUCCCAGGGUGACUAUCACGUCCAAGUCACCUCCAGUCUUGAAGCCCAUUGUUGUUGAGGAAGAAAAAGAGCAAGUCAAAUCCAAGCCUUCUGUCAAAGCUAUGGCUGACAAUGAUCGGAGUAGUAACAAAAUAGAAGAAGAGUUCAUGAUAGGCAACAAUCAGCCUUUGCCCCGUAUCGCUGAAGAAAAAGAUUCUCCGACUGCAUUGAAAGAGGAACUUGCAAAUUUGAAAUCAGACCCGACGCUACUUCCAAAAGAAUGUGUAUUUACAACAUGUGUUUUGAAACCUGAAUCAUCUCAGAUUCAGCCUCCCGCUCUGAAAUUAGAACCCAGCCCAGUUCUCCGAGAGCCACCCCCCUUGCCACAGAAACCGAGAAGUAAAGGAUCCACUAUUAAGGGAAUCUGUUCAGGAAAGAAAUGGAAGAUGAGAGAAAAUCAGACUCAAAAACAGAGUAAAGAUGAAGAUGCAACGGACAGUAAAACUUCAGGACCCCCCUCGACUUCUGGUAUUUUGAAAUCCGGGCGAAAGUAGUUUGGUAGUACCUUUCAAGUAGGUGCUUGUGUAUAUAUAUAAAUAUUUUUCUGUAAAGUUCUUUUUUUUACUUGUACUACACACUUACCAUUCAGUUUUUUUUUUGUUUUUUUAUAAUGUGUAUAGUUUAUAAUAUUUACCGAGUUAUGUUCGAUUUUAUGAGUAUUCCUGUUAAUAUGUACACAUAAAAUGUAAAUGUGAUUUUAAAUAGUACAUAACUGUAGUAUGACAGAAUUGCGAUCUGAGUGAAAUAAACACCAGUCUUUCUUUCUUUUAAACAUAGAUUAUAUUUUUGUAUCUUAACUUAUGCGGCCACAGCAGAAGAGCUCUGUUGCUGGUUAUUUUGAAAGUUAAACAAAUAGUUUUAAGAAUUUGUUGUGAUUACUUUUAAAGUUGCUGGUUCAGAAAUACAUUUUUAAUAUACUAAGUAUAUUAGCAAGAAAGUGUUUAAUUGUCUUUUUCUGUGGUAGGAUUUUUUUGUCCUGAAUGUAAAUGUUUUUAUUUUUUUAUUUAUUUAAAUUGAAGUGCAGGUGUUAUACCUUUCAAUCCAAUGCUGUUUCUCAGAAUAGCCUAAACUCCUUUAGAUUUGAUAAUCUUCGUGUAGUUAUCCUUACUCUUACCUCCUAGGACAGGUGAAUACUUUGGUAAAUAUUAUUUGACCCGAGUAUUGGAAGAAAACUUUUCAAAAAUUGUAAAUAUUACCGUAGUAAAAAUAAAAAUACUUUGUUGUAUUUUCUCCAUGAUGAGUCAAUGGAAGUUCUUUGCUGAACAGUAUUUAAUAUUAUUAUUAUCUAUCCAUGUAUGUAGCAUGUAAACUUAAACUAUAAAGUUAAAAUAGAUGAACCGAGCCCUCAAAUAGCUAAAUUGUUAGUUACUGAACUUAUCUGCCUUGAUAAAAAAAGUAGUCCCAAUAUUGCAGAUACGUUGAAUACAGAACUUAUUUUUUUCAUAGCUUAUUCAGAUUUUUAAACAUAACAUUAAAAUCUAAAACCUGAUUUGUAGUUAAAAAAAGCUCUGUGAUUUGUUUUGACAUUUAUAAGAUUAAACACUAAACCUGUUAAAUAUAAACUAUAAAGUGUUCAAAAAAUAAUACCCUAUUACAUUAAAAUAUUUAUGCUUUAUAAUAUGAUACAUUAAACUUUCAAACUACAGAUGAAUGACAUAAAAGGUUUUAUCCUCUAGCUUACUCUUGUGAUCAAUGUUGUCUCAGGGCAAGUUGAGGGAAUGCACAAUUGAUUGAAUGAAAACAGUACCACUUGAUGUUUCUCUUUAAACCAAACUUAUUGGAAUUAUCUUUAAUUUAAAGUAUUAUUUUAAAAUGUAUAAUAAAUUUAAAACUGUUUAUAUUCAUUUUAAAAUAAUUUGCUUUAAUUGUCCCGUAUAUGCUUUGUUUCUACAAGAUUUGUUUCAUGUUACAAGUGUUAACAUACGUGAGAUAAAAAUUAAGAUCUGCUUAUUAUUUAUUUUUAAUUUCUAUUGAACUACGUUAAACGCUGCUCGGUUUGUCCUUCCUGUCUUUUGUGGUUUUCCUGUUCAGUGUGAAAGCGCAAGUGUGAUAUUUUGAUGCUAUCUAAAGGAUUCUUCCUUUUUUGGAUUUAGGAUCCUUGUUUGCCAUUUGAUUUAUUGUUCGUACUUACUAGACUAGUUUUAUUUGUUACAGUUAUGUAAUCUGUCUAGAUAAAAAUGGGGUUUGAAGUCUCAUUGUCCCUUGUUGUUGGCACGUAUUCUUGUUGUAAUGAGUGUGUAUCCGUGUUAGAUAUUACCUCGGUCACCGUAGCUAAAUGCUGACUGGUUGCUCCUCGUGAUAUAGUUCGCUCCAUUAGUGCAAUACACCACUUAAUUUGCCAUAUGUUAGUGGACGACCUAGUUAGACAGUUAAAUUGUUAAUGUCCAUCAAUAGUCAAGCGUGCCUCUUUCCAGUAAAGUCAGUAUUCCAAGCCUUAAAAGAGCAAUAAACCAGUGUUUCCUUUGCAAACAACACUCUCAUUAACUUUGUAUGAAUUUAGCCCUAGUCAAUUUUACUGUGUUUGUUUUUUCUAUGUAAAAAAAAUAUUUAAAAUGUUAUUUUAGAGUGUUAAAACUACCUGAAUUCUCUUCACCAUCCAUCUAAACAAUCAUCAUGUCCAUUAUAUUUAUUGACCAUUUCUUUAAAAAAAUAGUAAAGUGAAAAUGUAAAAGUUGUAGUGGUUUGUUUAUAAAUGUUAAACAAAGCAAGAGGGAAAAUGCAUGAUUUAUAAAUAAUUUCCACUGGUGUACUCAUGGUUAUUUAUUAUAAUAUUUAUUUCUAGUACUGAUGGGUUUUUUGAAUGUAACUCGACAAUGUUAAAUUUUUGAAAUGUUAUAUUGAAGAAGGACCAUUAGAUUUUAAAAUUUGUUGCCACCAUUAUAUUUCACAAUUUGUUGAUGUCCUGUGUUUAAUCUAUUUUGUCUGUCUUGUUAGGUUAUAUUUAAUUCUCAGAUUGUCAUGUACCAUUGCCUGCUUAUUAAAUUUCUAGUUAAGUUUUGUUGCGCAUAUCUUCCGUUUUCCUAAUGGUUUCUUCUUCAUAAUUUUAAUUAUUCCUCGAUGAUUGUUCAAAAUAAAUAGUUCUACUUCUUUUACAUAA